GUCACUUGACUAUGGACGUACCACCACCUGCGCCUGUGGCCGUGCGGACCGACGCCGCUGCACCCGCUCGCUCACCGCAGAAACAGCAGAAGAACCACAGGCAGAAGAGCAAGAAAGGCAGCAAUGGGCCACAGACGCCGUGCGGUAAUAAGCCCAAGCGACGUCGCAAUAAUCUGAAGCAACCGUUGACGAAAGACAUGCCGCGCGUGAUGUCCGAGCUGCUGAAGGAGCCCAAAGUAGCGCUGCUGCAUCGCGUAGUGAAGAACGUUGGCCCCAAAGUAUCGUGGCAGCUACUACGCGAAACGCUGCGGCUCGAGAAAGACGGCGGUCAAAUAGUAAACGCUUUGGGCAGUGGCAAGCCUGAGCUCUUCUUGGUGGUGGACGAGGUUUCGCGAGAAUAUAAGCCGCGACGUCGUACGUCCGGUGGUGUAUUCUUCACGUUACUUAAGGACAAGGUGUCCAAGGAGGUGUACCGCACUAUCUACGAGGUGGAGGACAGGAAGAAGAAGGACACCAAGAAGCGCGCCCGCAACCGCCAGAGGCAAAAGAUGGAAAACACGCUGGCCAAGUUGGGCUUCGACGAGUUGUCACUUGCACCGGGAGGCGGGGGCCUUGCUGCUACGAGUGGUGAUGGGACUGGUGCACACGUUGUUCCAGUUCCGGCAGGGAUCGCUGCGACAGGAGCCGAAGAGGGCGAGGUGGCGGUGGAAGAUAUGCAGAUCAGCUGA